AUGCAAAUAUUAGAUUUACCAAACGAACUUCUGUUAUUGAUUGGUGAAUUUCUUGAUGAUGAAUAUUGCCUCAACACAUUCCUCCAAACAUGCAGACGACUUUACUCGAUACUGCAUCAUUCCCUCUACGAAUUUAACGUGCGCCACUCGCACGCCUGCGCUCUCGAAUGGGCCGCGAAAAAUGGCUCCGAAGCAACUGCGCGAUAUACACUAGAAGCUGGAGCUUCUCCGCAUGCCGCGUACUACGAAGAGUGGCUCCCGAUGGCGCUCGCUUGCAUUCAUGGACAUGAAGCUAUUGUGCGACUGCUGCUUGAUCAUGGAGUCGAUCCAAAUUGGUCUUGGAGCUGGCUUCGAGAACCUUCGAUUGAUGCUUACAGGGAUGAUGAAGGCUGUCCGUUAAUACUAGCGGCUGGUCGUGGCCACGAAAGUGUCGUUCGGCUCUUGCUUUCUCACGGUGUCCCUCCGGAUGUUCGAUUUGAACGCCUUGAUGGCCUUGAUAUUUCACCCCUUUCGGUGGCAGCGAGGGGAGGCUAUUUAUCGCUUGUCAAGCUCUUCGUCUCCCUUGGCUGCGAUGUUCAGGUCGGGGCCUGGUGGGGGGCGAGUAUUCUCGUUAACGCGGCUGAUAAAGGCCAUUGCGAAGUUGUUCGGUUUUUACUAGACACAAAUCCAGAUCUACAGCCUCCCCAAGAAGCUAGUCAUGCGCUAUUGAGGGCAGCUGGGCGCGGUCACUUGGAUAUAGUCGAGCUUCUCAUAGAGCGUGGAAUGGCUCCGACACCAACGAUGAGAGCCUGGCCUUUAGGUCCAUUGAUCGAGGCUGCACAACGUGAAUACCAUGCAAUAGUUGAUCAACUUCGGAGGUCUAUGGAUGUUUUGGGGUUCAUCGCGCAUGGUGAGCCUGAUGAUGAUACCCAUAGACAGUUGCUCUUGGUCAGCGCUGCAUGUGGCUGGGAAGACUUGAUUAAAGAGUUGCUUGAGCGAGGCUGCUCAUCCGAUUUUCCUACUUCCGAGGGUCGGGAAUGGGGCAUGGAAGGAAAACUCCGGGGAUCGAGAUAUCUUUCCAUUCGGGGAUACCCAUUGCCUCUAGCGUUGGCAGCCCAUCGAGGUCAUCACGGCGCUUUUGAGCUUCUGCUCAACCACGCAAUCGAGUCGGACAAAUCAUUGCUAAAUGGAGGAGAACCAACCCCACUCCUAGCAGCGAUUGACAGCUCCCAGAAGUGGAUGGUCAAUAUGCUCUUAGACCACGGGGCAAAUCCGAAUCAUCGUGUCCCCCCAAACAAUGUGCCGGUCUUUUUUGAAGCCGUUCAAACGCCAGAAAUACUCGAAGUACUACUCGAUCGUGGAGCGGACACUGGACUGAAGGCAAAUUAUGGGGUCGGUGAGGUUUACUACGACUCAGUUUUCGUGAGGGCGUUGAGAACUGGAAGUAUAGCCGCAGCGCAGAUUCUCCAACAGAGGGCUUCGUUCAUAGAGUCCACGUUGGGUACGGACGCGUACCCUAAGUCAUUCAUUGAGGCGGCAGCUCAUGGUGGAGCAUCGAUGAUAGAAUAUCUUCUAGACAGCGGCUAUGAAGUCGGGCCCGGGAGUCCCCAAAUUGGGAAGGCCCUACGGACUAUACUUUCUCGGUCAGAUACAUCGUCAUUGACUCUUCUGUUCGAGAGAGGACUAAUCGGCAACUUGAUCACAAUCGACAACAAACCCCUGAUGGGGGUGGUAGAUUCACCAAGCGAAGACUGGGAUGCUGUUGCUGCUACUAUGGACAUACUUUUGGCACAUGGAAUUCAUGUGGAAGGGGGCCCCUACUCCCCUCUACACGAUAUUGUUGACAGGAAAAUGUCGAAUUCAGCCCAACUAUUAUUGGAUCGAGGGGCUGACCCUCUUCAAACUCAUGAAAAGCUUGGUACCACCCCUCUGGGAGAGGCGGCGCAGAGGGGGUCCAAAAUUUUAGUGCGAAUUAUGCUGAAAGAUUUAGAUCAGCGGAGCAUUCUACUUGAGGAAUUGCAAGCGAAGCUAAUUAAGGCAGAGUUGCAGGCAGAGCUAGGCCAGAAAGAAGGUUUAGCAGAAGACGAUGUGCGACCACUUCUACGCCGUUUCUACUGGCGAAAGAAGUACCAAGAGAUGCCAACAUUCCGGGGUGAGAGCAUUGGAAACCUGGAAACCACUCCGUAA